AUGUCAGCAGAACCUGAGAAGUAUCAACACUUUAAUGCAAAGACCUACUUGCAGAGAAGAUUUGUUGCUCCCAAUGGCAUCAUUGAUGAGGAGAGAGGAGUGCAGCCAUUUUACCUCCAGUGCUACCACCACUUUUACCAAACGUUCCAUAGCUCUUGGGAUCCCACUAAAGCAAGGCUUCUCGAGCUAGGUGGUGGACCCGUAAUCUACCCUCUCAUAAGUGCUGCACCAUAUUUUGCCGACAUCACUUUCGCUGACUUUUCCAAACGGAAUCUCGAACAGGUGGAGCUCUGGGUAAAUAAAGAUGCUGAAGCUCAUGAUUGGACUCCAUACUUUAAUCACAUUGUGGGAUCAUUAGAGGGCAAGGUUGGUGAAUCACAAAGUCGAGUGACAUCGCUACGAUAUAAAAUCAAGACGAUUGUAACAUGUGAUAUUCUCAAAGAAGACCCCAACGGAAUUCUCGAUAUUGGUGAUCGUUUUGAAUGGUUUGAUGUCAUCUCUUUCAACUUCUGUUGUGAAGUCGUAUGCAAAACGAUUGAGAGCUAUCAAGAAACGCUUCUACGACUAUGCAAGCUGGUCCGACCCCAAGGAUACCUAACUAGCCUGAUUUCGCUGGAAGAGAGCUGGUAUAUUAAUGGAGAGGAGAAGAUGUUUAAUUUGGGUCUUACGUUUGAAAAUGUGACGAGCUCUUUCAAACAAGCUGGAUUUUCGGUCGAGUUUAGGCCACUCCAAGUGAUACUCUGGUUUCUGGUCCUGAAGUUUUUCUAA